CUGAAAGAGAGCAUAUCAGGUUUGGGAAGAUUGAUUUUUCCCCCUGUUUAUCUACUGGUUCUAUUACUGUGCAUUGUCACUUAGCAGUAAUUUAUUCAAAAUUGAACUUUUGAUCUGCACUCUCAGCAUUGAGCAGCGUUGGGUAGAAGCCUGUCACUCGCUGUGAGCACCAUGAUUGGUCAAACCAGCUCAUUGAGGGCGGGGCUAAGACAAAAGCCGGUCGUGAUUGGUCAAGCGGCACAUGAGUCAUUAAGUUCAAGCAGCUUCUUCUAAGUUUCUAAGUAAGAUGGGAAGACUGUAAUGAGUUCUCCCUCCCUGACACAAACGGAGGCAUCUGUAGUGAGGAACUUUCCCACGGAGACAGGUAUAGCCUCUAGGGGGCCAUGUCUGGCAGCAGCAGUGCCAACAGCUGGACCAUCCUCACUUCUGAGGUACUCAGAGAGGACCAUAAGGAAACGGCUGCAGAAACCUUGAGGCCUGUUGCAGCAGACACACAACAGCGUGACAGGAGCCAUGCAUCCACAGCAGAUGAACCACACUGUGAGAAGAACCAUAAACCGCCAAAUGGUGCAGAGCCUGCAGAAGGACCCCCUGUGGAGGACUACCUAAUAUCGAAGGAAACAUCAGAUCGAAGUGGAGACCUGAGUUCAGAGCAACGCUCCUCGCUGCCCACUGAUGUUACAGAGACCCAUCCUUCCUCCUGUGCCUCCUCAUCUUCAGGGGUCUCUGCUGGCAGCCAUGAGCUUAGUCCUUUAGAGAGCCCGGCACAGUUUACACACGGCCCUAAUUUAUUCUCUGAUGUCCAAACCCUCCCAGCCCGCUCUGCCGAUGAGCCCACAGCCUCACUGCUCGGUUCAGAGACUCUUAGAAGUGCAGAGUUCGAGCAGGAUGAGGAGAAAUCUAAAGGAGAAGAAGGACUCCAUCUUCAAAGUGAGGAGCAGCUCCAUCAAGGGGAUGGCGGGACCGACCACAGAACAGCUGAUUUAGGAGAUGCAGCCUCUGCUGGGAGUCCAGAUGUUGGUCAGGAGACAACAGAGAAGACCGGAGGAGUGGGAGAGCAGCAGGAGCAGGAGGAGACAAGGAGGAAGUCACUCCUCUCCGCUCUGGAGCAAAUUGGAAGGAGAGAGGAGGAAGAGGACGAAGAGGAAGAAUUUCACAUGCCUCAGCGAGAAGACGACAGCGUGCUGUCACUGAACAAGUGCAUUCUGGGAGCUGUCAUUCUGUUGGGGAUUGGCACCAUCUUUUUUUCAGGUGUCUUCAUGGUCCUGGAUGGAGAGGGUGACCAUGUAAGUCGGGAGCUGAGAGAUUCAGAUGCUCCGGGGAAACAGGAGUGGCUCGGCCCUGAGGCGCAUCCACCUCUAGACGAUGGUGAUGGCUCAGAGCUACUGAAUAAGUUGGCUAAAGGGAAUCAACAAAUCUCUGUGCUUCAAGCUCAACUUCAGUCACAGAACGAAGAGCUAAAAGUAGCUAGAGGACAAGCAGCAGAGGGAGCAAAGGAGCGACAGCGCUGGGAGGAGGUGGAGAAGGAAAACAGCCGGUUGAAGACAGAGAUGGCAUCUCUCCCUGACCUUCAGAGCGAGAACGAAAGGAUGAAGAAGGAGCUGGAGUCUGUCCCGGCCCUGCAGAAAGAACUAGAAACUCUGAGGUCCACUGUGACGGAGUUAAAGCUCACCUCAGCAAAUGCAAAGAGUUCUUUAUCGCCCUCUCCUGGUCAACUGGCAGCGAGCAGUCAGCCUUCAAAAAGACCAUGGGAGGACCAGAGGAAGAAGAAAGACCUCAAAAAUGAGAAGUUUGAAGGAGAUGAGAAGAAACAGCAGAAAAGGAGAGAGAAGCCAUCGUGGAAGGAGGAAGAAAAACAAGAGCCUAAAGAUGAAGAUGAAUGGGAAUGGAAGAAGUGGAAGCAGGAAAGAGGAACGACUGACAAGCCAAAAGAGAAGGAAGACAAAGCUCAUAGGCAAAGGGAUGGCCCACAACAACUGAAGGAGAAAGACAGAAAGAAAGAGAAAACUGACCGAGGUGAUGACGGGAAGCUGUGGAAGGAAAAAGUAGGUGAAAGGGGACAAACGGAAAAAAGUGAGAAAAGAGAAUGGAUGGAGAAGAAAGAGUGGAAAAAGGAAAAGCAUGUGAAGGUGAACCAAGAACAACAGUGGGGAGGUAAGAAGGAAACAAAAGAAUGGAAGGGAGGAAAGGAUCAUGGACAGCACAAAGAGACAGAAGGAAGGGAGGCAGAGAAUGUACAGAUGAAAGGAAGAGAUGGCAAAGAGCAGAGGGGGAAAGAUUGGAAGGAAAAGGGGGAUACGAAAGAGAGGAAGAAGGAGCAUGGAUGCAGAGAUGCCAGCAUCAAGAACCGAGGUAUAGAAGGAAAGGGAGGAGUGGGAGUGAAGCACAGGGAGGACAGGAAAAGCGGUGAAGGAAAAAUACAAAAUGAAAGGAAACGGCGGAAUGAGGACGAGCGGAAGAGCGAAAAGGGAAGACAGGAGAUGGAAUGGAAGGGGAAGGAUGAGAAAAUGGAUCAGCGGAAGAAGAAAGAGGAAAACUGGAAAAGUGACGGAGCUAAAGAGAAGAAGAGUCACGAACAGAGGAGCAAAGACAAACGGCUCUCUGGGAAAAACGGCGAUGAGCACAAACCUGCUGCUCGUGGCGGCCACGCAGACGGGCAUCUGUACGGAGAGCAGCCACCGCCUCACACGCACCGCAAGCCCGCUGUAGGACAGCCCGAGUACUGGGCCCGGCAAAGAACCCGCCUCCAGCACGACCCCAGAGCACCGCAGCACUGCGACUCCCUGGAGGCCUGCGCCCAGGCGGAGCGGCUGCGACCCGUCCCCUUAGCCGAGUUUGAGGCCGUCCUCCAAAACUACCUAGUCAAGGCGAAGGAGGCGGGCGUGGAGGAGUCGAACAGAGAGGAGCUCAGGAAACUGGCCUCGGGCUUCUUCAAGGACGGCGUUUUCAUGCACACCCAGAUGAGCUUUCAAAGCUUCGCCGAAGAUGUAGCAGAUAUUUUGGAAGACUUUGUGGAAGUCGGACACGAGGAAGAGGAAGAUAGCGAGCUCGAGGAAGAAAUGGAAGGAUUUGAAAUGGAAGUCAUGGAGAAGUUUUCAGUGGAAGCAGUUGAGGAGAAAGGGCAGCGAAGGAAAGAGGACGGACACAAGCGUGGCUGAACACUUAAAAAAAACAAACAAUUUGACUUAAAAUGAUGCAUUUGCCUGUUUGUCAUCCAUUUCCUGUCUCCAUAUGUUCACGUCUGCUGUCAAGCUGCAGUCAUUCACUGCUGAAUUUGCUGGGAGAGAAUUCCCACCAGACUAACAUCAGUUUAUUUCCUGUAUUACCUUGAAACACGACACUGUGCUGUCGCUACCUGCUGACCGGCUCAUGUUAACUAUGGACGACUCAAACCUGAGUCUGUUGCAGCUUAACGGCUCGUCUUUAAAGAUGACCUGCUGUGACCUUAACCCCUUUAAUGAUUAUUUGGCAAAUUCCCUUCUUUUCAUUUUAUUUAUCUCUUUGGUUUUCGUACAAAUGAAAUAACAUUUCUAACUUAAUAAAUAAUUUAUAAAGAGGACAUGUAAUGCUCAUAUGUUUAGCAAGUACAUUUUGCACUAAAGGUUUUUACCACUAAUGUCACAUUUCUUCUCUUUUGAGUCUUAUUGCUGUUGUGUUUGUACACAAAUGCAGAGCCACAGUCUGUGUGGGCUUUUUUAAUGGCAGCAUAAAGAAUCCAGAACGAUUAGAUGAUUGGUACUUCAUUAAAAAGUUGUGAUGGUGUGAA